AUGAGACUGGUGACAGGAAUAACUCUUCUCCUGGCUUUGGGUGUAUUGGGAGAUUCUAAGACCACACAGCCAAACUCAAUGGAGGGCACUGAAGAAGAACCUGUGCACUUGCCCUGUAAUCACUCCACAAUCAGUGGACCUGAGUAUGUAUAUUGGUAUCGACAGAUUCCCCACCAGGGUCCAGAGCACUUGAUUCAUGGUCUGAACAACAAUAUGACAAAUAGGAUGGCCUCUCUGAGCAUCGCCAAAGACAGAAAAUCCAGCAUCUUGGUUCUGCCCCAGGUCACCGUGAAAGACAUCGCUGUGUACUACUGCGUCCUGAGAGGCACACACUGGGACAGACAGGGCUGCACCUGUGCAAGUGCUGAUGCCUAUUAUGCACUGCCCCCUAAAGGACCCAGUGUGGCCCAGACGGUCACUCAGCCUCAGCCAGAAGUGUCUGUACAGGAGGCGGGCACAGUGACCCUGGACUGCACAUAUAGCACCAGUGACAGUGAUUAUUAUUUGUUCUGGUACAAACAGCCUCCCAGCGGGGAGAUGGUUUUCAUUAUUCGCCAAUAUGCUUAUGAACGACAGAAUGCAACCAACGAUCGCUACUCUGUGAACUUCCAGAAAGAAGCCAAAGCCUUCAAUCUCAGGAUCUCAGACUCCCAGCUGGAGGAUGCUGUAAUGUAUUUCUGUGCUUACAGUGGUGCACAGUGA